GAAACUAACUAGUCUAGAUCUAGCUAGACUAGAUCAAUAUUAAAUAUAUUAAUAUAAAUAUAUUAUAUAUAUAGGGGCCUAGAUCUAGUAUAUAGGUAUACUAUUACUAUAGAAUAGGCCUAUUCUAGAUCUAGAAGUUUAGUGGAACAAACAGAACUACGUCAAAUAAAUAGAUCUAGAUCUAAACUACACACCCAGAAUCUCAAUCAUGUUUCGACUUAUUCCUACAUUAAUUGGAUCUUGUAACAGAAAUGUCAAAUUGAGGAAAAUGAUACAUCUGCAACUCUCUGCAGUAACUAAGUGCAUGUGCUCAACUGACUCUGGCAACGAUACCAUCUACAACCCUGAAGAUUUAACCCCACCUAUUCCACCCUAUGUAGAAAAAACAGGAGAGACCACAGAACUCAAAAGGGCAAGACUUUUGUACCAGAGUCGUAAAAGAGGGAUGCUGGAAAAUGGUCUUAUUUUAAGUACUUUUGCUAGCCAGUAUUUAAAGACCCUGACAGAAGAUCAGCUGAGUUCAUAUGAUAAACUGAUCAACCAACCCUCCAAUGAUUGGGACAUUUAUUACUGGGUCACUGGGGUUAGGGAAACACCUGAUGAAUUCAAGUCUGAUGUCAUGGAUCUCCUGCAAAAACAUGCCAGAAAUGAACAGAGAGAAACAAGGAUAAGGCAACCAGACCUUUAGUUUUGUUGUUGGUGAAAAUUGUCUGUGAAGUUAUCUGUGAAAGCUAAUGGUUAUCACUUGUAAAUACAAUGUUAUAUUGAGAAAAGGUAUGAAUGAUUUAUAGAAAAAUGUAUGUGACCAUUGAGGAUUCUUUUCAAUGGUUAGCCAGUUUUGUAGUUUAAUUUUAAUUGCAUUUAUAGUGUACCAAAUACACAUUUUGAUUGUAAUUAAAAAACUCUGACAGC